GCUGAGAGACAAUACUGUCCGUGAGAAAAUUGUGUUUGUAGAUAUCAGACGUUCGAAUCUUUUAAUAACUGUAUGCACUAAGUCUUAUAUCUCAAGUUGUUCCUUUUCAUUUGCAAUACAAAUUCAAUAGAUUAAGAAGAAAACAAACGUAAGGAAAACUGACGUUGGUUGCUAUGGGAGUGGACCAUAGCAACAACACUCUGACGCUGUGACGGUGAGCCGGUAGCUUUUUUCGGCGUCAGUUAGCAUCCUGCAAUGCGGCCUCUAAGCUUUCGAAAGAGUGCUGCCGGCGGAUUUUGACCAUUCGUUCAUCAGCUGUGUUUAUCCACUACACUCAUGGUUUUGAAAUAAACUUACCUGCGCAGCUCUGGUGGUUAAAGAAGAAACAACGAGAUAAUUUCUUCCCAAGUAGACAUGUUGCUUUUUCAAGAGUUUUUAUAAACCACUCCGUUUAAUGAUUUGUUUACAUAUAGAGGGACUAAACUGUGUGACAACGUUUAAGGCGACAUAUUAAACUGUAGCAAGAACAGGGUUUACUUAUCGUUGUUUGUAUAUACCAUGUCAGAAACCAUCAAGGCGUAUCGUUUGAGAAAGAUAGAAUCUAUUGGCAAGAUGACAGCAAUGACCCAAGAAGAGAUCAUUACCAACACAAAAACUGUCCUUCAAGGAUUGGAAGCACUAAAAAAUGAGCACAACUCGAUUUACAAUGGACUCAUGUCUUCACUGAAGGCAGUCCAACGAGAAAAUGGGGACAGCAACCUGAUGGAAGAGAAGGCUAACAUAAUUAAGAAAAAUUUGGAAUCCAUUGAUCUUGGCUUAGGCGAAGCUCAGGUUAUGAUGGCCUUGGCUAGCCACUUGCAGAUGGUUGAAGCAGAAAAACAGAAGCUUCGAGCUCAAGUAAGACGACUUUGUCAAGAAAAUGCAUGGUUACGUGAUGAACUAGCAAGUACUCAACAGAAACUACAGGCAUCAGAGCAGAUGGUUGCACAAGUGGAUGAAGAGAAAAAACAUCUUGAAUUCAUGAAUUCUCUUAAAGAAUACGAGACUAAUGAAUCAGCAAUGAGUGAAUCGGGCAGUGAAAAGAAACCAUCGAGUGAUGCUCCAUUGGACUUAGGAUUUCCUGAUGAUGAUGAUGAUAGCUCCCAUAAUGAUGCUGUUUCUCCGACUCCCUCGAACCAAAUGUCUGCAUCGAUGACAGCAUCCACCCAUGCUGGAUAUGAAAUUCCUGCUAGACUCCGCACGCUGCAUAAUCUUGUUAUUCAGUAUGCCUCCCAGGGUCGCUAUGAGGUUGCAGUUCCUCUUUGUAAGCAGGCACUAGAGGACCUUGAAAAAACCAGUGGUCAUGAUCACCCAGAUGUAGCAACUAUGCUGAAUAUUUUAGCUCUUGUAUACAGGGACCAGAACAAAUAUAAAGAAGCUGCAAAUUUGCUUAAUGAUGCUGUUGCUAUUCGAGAAAAAACACUAGGAGAGAACCAUCCUGCUGUUGCUGCUACACUCAAUAAUCUAGCUGUUUUAUAUGGGAAACGAGGGAAGUAUAAAGAAGCAGAACCACUUUGUAAACGGGCUCUUGAUAUCAGAGAGAAGGUUUUAGGAAAAGAUCACCCUGAUGUGGCAAAACAACUAAACAAUUUAGCUUUACUCUGUCAAAAUCAAGGAAAAUAUGAAGAAGUAGAGAAGUAUUAUCAAAGAGCACUUGAUAUCUAUGAAAAUACCCUUGGUCCCGACGAUCCCAAUGUGGCAAAAACAAAGAACAACCUUGCCUCAGCUUUCCUAAAACAAGGAAAAUACAAGGAAGCAGAAAUACUUUAUAAGCAAGUCUUGACAAGAGCCCAUGAAAAGGAAUUUGGCAGUAUUAAUGGGGAUAACAAACCUAUCUGGCAAGUUGCUGAAGAAAGAGAGGAAAACAAGAACAAAGACAAAGACAAUGCCCUGUAUGCUGAAUUUGGUGGCUGGCAUAAGGCUGCAAAAGUGGACAGUCCAACAGUAGCCACAACAUUGAAAAACUUGGGAGCUUUGUACAGACGUCAAGGAAAAUAUGAAGCAGCAGAGACUCUUGAAGAUUGUGCAUUGCGGGCCAGAAAGGAGGCUUUUAAUGCACUAAAACAAGGAAAAGCAACCCAAUACCUCAGCACAGAAUUCACUGCUGUCCCUAAGGAAAAAAGACGUUCUUCUUCUAAAGAAAGCUUGAGGCAUGGAUCUCGUGAAUCUCUUGACAGUCUCACCUCUGAAAAGAUGAGUGAUGCUGGUGAUGAAACAUGUAGCAGUAAUGAUAAACUGAAACGUAGCAGUUCCUUAGAGAAGUUGCGGGCUUCCAUUCGACGUAAUAGUGCCAAGAUUGUAAAGAAACUGACAGGUCGUGUUGACCCAGAGAGGGAAUGUGAUGGUAGCACAGAAGAUGCGAUGGUCAGCAUCAAACGAACUAGUUCUAUGUCAAUUCUGAGUGCUGCAGAACCGGUGGACAGUAAUUAUUCUCAGCCGAUGUCUCGAACAUCAAGCACUCACCAGCUUCAAUGAAAUGAGCAUGCAUAGAUGUAUCUUCUGUGUCUUUCCUAGCCUAUUAGAAACACUUCAGUUUUUGCUUAAAUGUCCUGGUAAUUUUCGGCCUCGACUGCUUAGCACUGUCAAAACCCAGAACUGUAUAUAGUUCUCACUGUUUGAUUCCUAAAAUAUAUACAUUGUAAUCAAGUGAAUUUUGUUGAUUAAUUGAUUAUGUAAAUACAGUUUGUUUGAUGUAACUUCUAAAUGUAACAUUUUGAAGUGAUAAUACUCUUGAAUUACCCUCAGUAGUGUACUUAAGUUUUUAAUUAGCUAGUUUUUAAGAAGGUUGUUUACAAGAUUUUUUAUAUACUCAUAAAAAAAAAACAAUUAAAGAUCACCUAGAAAAAUAUCCUAACAACAUUGUUAAACUAUAAGUAUUUUCAGAGUUAAGUGAAUAUAUUAUUUCAGAAAAAACACACUGUAUUAUAUUUUUUCUAUCCACCACAGGCCUUAGUUGCGAAAGAUACCAAUGAUUGUUAAAUUGUUAAGUUUUUGUGUUGUGGGAAAAUAUAAUUGUGUAGUCUUUUUUUUUUGUUUUCACUAGGUUUAUUUUACAAACUUUUUAUUUCGUAUACAGUGUAAGUUAUUGUGUUUAGAGGUUGUUUUUUGAUGUCAGAUUACUGGCUUUGACUUUUGUAAAAACAAAGUUAAGUUUAUGUACUUCUCUAAGACAUCAAUUAACUUCUUAAUCUAACUUGUAUACUAUUUGUAUUGAAAUAACACUUGUUUGUACUUUAUGACCAUAAAAAUCUAAAUAGAUCAAAAUAAAAAAGACAAAACUAUCACAGUAAAAAAAAGUUGUGCUGCAGGUUUUGUUAGAAGCAUGAUUGGUAUUGCAUAUUUCUUCCUUUUUACUAAUGCACCCACUUGUAUUCCAGAAGAAUUCUUCACUUAAAGCCAUGUUUUACUCCAUGUUGUUAUUGUCUGUUUCAUUGACCUCGCAAGACUAGUGUCAAAACUAGUAUCAGCUGGUCAUGAUAUAGACAUUGUCAUCAGAUGCAUAUUUAUAUGAUGUCUUGUUUCUUAUGCUGUGUUUCUUCCUUAUUGAUGACAAGAUAUCUGUAUGUGUGAAUUUGUGUGUAUGUAAUUCAUGAUGUAGAAAUCUGUGUAAAAGAUGUUCAUUUUCACAGGGUGUUUGCACCUCAGCUAAACACAUUGUUGUAUUACUAGACGUGACAUUUUUUCAUUCAUGAAAUUAUUUGAUGAUUUACUGCAAACAUUAAUUUAUUUUAUCUUCAUUCUUAAGUUGUCAUUUAUUAUUAUAGAGUGUAAUAAUAAUUAAAUAUUCCUUGUAAAUUUUAAC